CACUACUUUUUUGCCCCUCUUACAUUAUUGUAUGCGUCUGUCAUGCCUCGAGAGAGGAGAUAAUGCGUUUGAAGAUGACACGCAAAAAACGCAGAGGAUGAUCGCGCGCACGUUGUAAACGCUGCUCCACCGGCCAAACAUGGAGCGCACCGGAGCUUUCAAGCCGAGUCCCGUGGCGUACGGAGAGCUGCUGAACCUCUCGGCUAACUCUACAGACACCAAUUACACGGGCGAGACGGUGGAAAAGAGCGCCAGCGUGUUUGCACAGGCAAGUGCGGCGGUGUUUUUAUCUCUUCUGACGUGCGCCACGGCUCUGUCCAACACGUUCGUCAUUGCCACCAUAUAUCAGUCUCAGAAGCUGCACACACCAGCCAACCUUCUGAUCGGCUCGCUUGCCGUCACUGACCUGCUCGUGUCUGUGUUGGUGAUGCCUGUAAGUGCUGCGUACACGAUUAGCCAAACGUGGACUCUGGGCCAAGUGGCGUGUGACUUGUGGCUGUCAUCCGACAUCACGUGCUGCACAGCAUCCAUUCUUCACUUAUGUGUGAUCGCGCUUGACCGCUACUGGGCCAUCACGGAUGCUGUUGGAUAUUCUGCAAAGCGCACGCGAGGCCGGGCAGCCUCCAUGAUCGCUGGUGCCUGGGUCAUCGCCAUAUCCAUCUCGGUGCCACCCUUCUUUUGGCGCCAGGUCAAGGCAGACGAAGAGGUCACCAGCUGCCACGUCAACCAAGACCAUGUCUUCUACACCAUCUAUUCCACCUUCGGAGCCUUCUACAUCCCUACGCUGCUGCUGGUGGUGCUGUACGGUAGGAUUUACGUCGAGGCCCGCAAACGGAUCUUGAAACAGUCGCCUCAGAAGGCGGGCAAAAGACUCACAUCCGCGCAUCUGGUCACGCACUCGCCCGGUUCUGUGGCAUCCACAACAUCGCUCACGUACGGCACGUCUGAGCUGACUUCCUACGACGGUACGACCUCUGUCCCGGCAAACAGCCAGGUGAAGGUCACCAUGUCUGACGCGCUUCUGGAGAAGAAGCGGAUCUCGGCGGCUCGGGAGAGGAAGGCGACCAAAACUUUAGGGAUUAUACUUGGGGCUUACAUUAUGUGCUGGCUGCCAUUCUUCAUUUACACGUUAUUGGUGGCUAUUUGCACCUCGUGCACGUUUUACCUAGAGCUGUUCGACUUGUUCACGUGGCUCGGCUACCUGAACUCGCUGAUCAACCCUAUUAUUUACACCAUGUCCAACGAGGACUUCAAGCAGGCUUUCCAUAAACUUAUGCGCCUAAAAUGUUGCCGAGCUUGAGUAGGUUGGAAUGAGAAUCCAAGAUUUGAGAUU